ACCCCCGGCCUAUCUAUAAAUGCACGCCUGCCCCCUACUCCCCCUCGCCUUAUCCUGGACGCCACACCCACCUCACCUCACCAAAACACCCGCAUAAACAAAAAGAUUCACGCACGCCACUUGUAUACCUGCUGCACCCAUGGCGCCUAGAGCAGCGGAGAAAGGGGCGCCUGAGGCGCCGCCCACCGGACUCGGUCUCGGCGUUGGCGGAGGAGUCGGAGGCGUUGCCGGUGGCCCACACUACAGGGGCGUCCGGAAGCGCCCAUGGGGACGUUACGCCGCGGAGAUCCGCGACCCGGCUAAGAAGAGCCGGGUGUGGCUCGGCACGUACGACACGGCAGAGGAGGCCGCGCGUGCCUAUGACAACGCCGCCCGCGAGUUCCGCGGCGCCAAGGCCAAAACCAACUUCUCGUUCCGUUCGGCGUCCCCUGUCAUCGCCGGCGGCGGCAGCCCGAGCAGCAUCAGCACCGUGGAGUCGAGCGGUGGAGGAAGCGCCGGCUGCGUCCCGCGCCAGGCACCUAUGCAGGCCAUGCCGCUGCCGCCCACCCUCGACCUCGACGUCUUCCACCGCGCUGCAGCCAUGACGGCGGUCCCCUGCGGUGGCAUGCGCUUCCCGUUCAACGGCUACCCAAUCGCACGCCAGACCCUGCAUCCCUACUUUUUCUACGAGCAGGCUACGGCCGCCGCCGCUGCGGCGGCGGGGUAUCGCACGCUGAAGAUGGCGCAACGGGUCACCGUGGCGGCCGUUGCCCAGAGCGACUCCGACUCCUCGUCCGUCGUGGAUCUGUCCCCGUCGCCACCAGCGGUGACAGCGCAUAAGGCGGUCGCGUUUGAUCUGGAUCUGAACCGGCCGCCGCCUGCGGAAAUUUAGACAGAACUACAGAUUUUAGCUGAUGACUCUAGUUUCUCUUCUUUCUUCUUUUUUUUCCUUCAGGAACGUUUCUUGUUUCCUUUUUGUUUUGGUCCGCUUGUAUUUUUCUUCUAGUCGUCUGAGAGACGGAGGAGCCUUUGUAAAUAGUUUUUCCGCCGAGACCAGGAUCGAUCUGAGAUCUGUUCGUCACGCCGGCGUUGAGAUGAGCGGAACCUUGAAGCAUAUGUGUACUUUAUUUCGUAACAUUAGCACGAGGAAUUGUUCAGAAAAAGUUGUGCAUGUCGAUUCCGUCCGUCGUUGAAAUUCAUGGUUUGGAAACA